AUGAAGUUCAUGAAAAUUGGGUCGAAGCCAGAUUCGAUUAAAACUGAUGGGAAUAAUGUCAGGUACGUAGAAAAUGAACUGGCUAGUGACAUUACUAUCAAUGUUGACGGAUCGAGAUUUUGUUUGCAUAAGUUUCCUCUUCUGUCUAAAUCUGCAUGCUUGCAAAAGUUGCUCUCAAGCACAGACAAAAACAACGCCGAUGAGGUUGAUAUCUCUGGUAUACCCGGCGGACCAACUGCCUUCGAGACGUGCGCUAAGUUCUGUUACGGCAUGACAGUAACCCUAAGUGCCUACAACGUUGUGGCUACAAGAUGUGCAGCUGAGUACUUAGGGAUGCACGAGACGGCCGAGAAAGGAAACUUGAUCUACAAGAUCGAUGUGUUUCUAAACUCGAGCCUCUUCCGUAGCUGGAAAGACUCCAUCAUUGUUCUUCAAACAACUAAAACGUUCUCACCGCUCUCCGAGGACCUCAAACUUGUUAGCCUCUGCAUUGACGCCAUAGCGAGCAAGGCCUGCGUCAAUGUAUCCCACGUCGAAUGGUCUUACACUUACAACAGAAAGAAACUGGCUGAAGAAAACAACGGUGCGGAUCAAGUCAGGGCUCGGGAAGUUCCACAUGAUUGGUGGGUCGAGGAUCUGUGCGAGCUUGAGAUUGAGUUUUACAAGAGGGUUAUAAUGAACAUCAAAUCGAAAGGUGUACUUGGCGGAGAAGUUAUCGGAGAAGCUUUGAAAGCUUAUGGAUAUAGAAGAUUAUCUGGUUUUAACAAAGGCGUGAUGGAACAGGGAGAUUUGGUGAAGCAUAAGACCGUUAUAGAGACGCUUGUUUGGUUGUUACCAUCUGAAAAAGACAGCGUCUCUUGCGGUUUCUUGCUGAAACUGUUGAAAGCAGUCACUAUGUUAAACUCCGGAGAGACGGUGAAGGAACAGCUUGUAAGAAGAAUAGGACAGCAGCUCGAACAAGCUUCUGUCGCGGAACUCUUGAUAAAAUCUCAUCAAGAAAACGAAACAUCAUUGUACGAUGUGGACUUAGUGAAGAAGAUAGUUGUUGAAUUCAUGGCAAGAGAUCAAAACAGUGAGAUAGAGGUUGAAGAUGAUGAAGAAGGAUUCGAAGUCCAAGAGGUAAAGAAAUUUCCUGGGAUUUUAUCCGAAGCUUCAAAGCUGAUGGUGGUGAAACUGAUAGAUGGCUACCUUACUGAGAUUGCUAAAGAUCCAAAUCUUCCUGCAUCUAAAUUCAUCGAUCUUGCUGAAAGUGUUUCUAGCAUCUCCAGGCCUGCACAUGAUGGGCUCUACCGUGCUAUUGACAUGUAUCUUAAGGAACAUGCAGGAAUCACAAAGGGAGAGAAGAAAAGGAUGUGCAAGUUGAUGGAUUGCCGGAAACUGUCGGUGGAAGCGUGUAUGCACGCCGUGCAAAACGACAGGCUUCCUCUACGUGUGGUGGUGCAAGUACUCUUCUUCGAACAAGUGAGAGCGUCUGCUUCGUCGGGAAGCAGCACACCUGAUUUGCCCAAAGGCAUAAGGGAGCUACGCAGCUGCGGGACAUAUGGGAGCUCAAGAUCAGUGCCGACGGUUAUGGAAGACGAAUGGGACGCGGUGGCAACUGAAGAGGAAAUGAGAGCAUUGAAGAGCGAGAUAGCCGCACUGAAGCUGCAGGAAGAGAGUGGACGUAAGAGCACGGAUAGAGCGGCGGUGACGGCGAUAAGCAGAGUGAAAAGUUUGAUAAUGUCAAGGAAGAUGUUCGGGAAGAAGUUGCAGGGAAAAGGAGGAGGAGGAGAGAAGAACAAUGGAGGUGGUGGCUCAGAUUCGUCGGAGAGUCUUGGAUCUGUAACUGAAGAGGCGGCUAAAACGGCAACGCCUUCGAGAAACUUGACUAGGAAGGUUUCUGUUUCUUGAUGAAUAAGGUCUUUACAAACAUGUUUGAAAGGUUUUCCUUUAGAUUUAUAUGAAUCAACUGUAAUUUCUUUGACUGUUUUGUUUGGUCUGUUUGCAAAAGAGAUCCUUUAUUA